AUGUCUUCUGCGGAUCUGGAUCAUCAGCGGCGUCUCCAUCUCGGAGAUGCUUUAAAGAAGGUUCACGAACUUGUUAGUAUUCCAUUGUCAGAAGAUGUGCCAGUUAUCCAAGCAGCAAACUUCUCUGUCCUUUACCAGGCCAAUACCGAUACAAAUUUUGGGGAUGUUAUUGCAUUUAAGUCCGCAUUUGCGGGCUCGGCAGAGGAUGCCAUGGUUUUUGCGCAGCUCAAUAAUCUUUAUAACCAAGGACAGGAAUAUGCAAUAAUGCUUUACACCUGGCGUUCCAUCUCUCGGGCCCUACCCCAUGAAAUGGCAAUUAGCCGAUUUGUCUCAGAGCUCAAAAGAUUGGCUCGUAAAGACCACAAAACGUACUUUAUAAAUCAAGCGUAUAUGCUUAUGCUGGGAAAAAUGCUCACGAUG